CUGUUUUCAAUGUCUCGCGAGAGUUCGGCUAAACGGAAUUCCGGUCUCCAAAGCAACCGUUCUUCGCGUAAUAGUACAAACUUGAAUGGGUCUGCCAAGGAUAAACAGGCCGUAUUUUUCAGGUGUAAAGUUUGCACAGUGGCAAGAUCCCAGCGCAAGUCAUCCGACGCUCUGGAUGAGAACAUUGUCGGAAAACUUCUCUCCUCCCAGAUGGAAAGGCGUCACUCCCAUGGUGCUGAGUUGAAAUGUUUGGAAGACAGGCUGAACUUCAAGAAGAACAAACUGAUUUCGAAAGGCCCAUUUCGUAACUGGGUCCUUUACAGUGACAUUGAACACUAUUUUGUAUUUCCACAACAUCCAAAGAUGUUCAUGCUUGCUAUCAGGUCGGAUAUUCCGGGAAAGUCCUAUUUCGAAACCUACAAAUGCAAAACGGAGGAGGAAACCAACCGACUAUGCGAAUUUGUUUGCCGCGCUUGCCAAGAUCCUUCAAAAAAAUUGUGCACGCAAAAUACUGGAAUGCGUCCAUAUUCAACGCUUUCCGAAGUUUCAGUCCAUUCGACAUCGGUUUCACAACCAAAUCUCUGGACAUCAGAAGAAGCCGAUGACGAGAAACUCGACGGAGAACGAGGAAGUACAAAUUCUGUAAAAUCGAAUCAGCGUUCGUGUUCCGAAUCCCCAAUACCGAAUCCAGUUGUGCAAAAUAUGGUCGAGCAGCAUCCGGAGUUUGGAUCCCCCACAGAAGAACCUGUAUUCAAUGAACACAUGAAACAAGCACCCUCCGUUUACAAAACGCCGUUAGACGAAGAACAAGACGAGGAGACGGACAAAACCACCUACUUCAACUAUCACCCAAUUUAUGGUGCUGUUCUCAAUGAAGAUGGGCCAAUCUACAUGUAUAUGCGACGAUUUGUAUCCGAAAGCUGCCUCGUAUCGGAGAAUUAA